AGAACUACUGCAUGUAAACAGCUUCACUUAAAAGCCUUUGCCUUCUUCCCCUUUCACAGAUCAAAGAUCUAAUCAACCCUAAGCAUAACUUACGAGUCAUUGAUGGAAGUUCCAGCAACUAUGAGGUUUAGUGGUCACGUGGUGGCCAUGCCUUUCCCAGGUCGAGGUCUCGUGACCCCCAUGUUGAGGCUCUGCAAACUAAUUGCAGCUUCUUCAACAUCACAAGGUCAUGAUGGUGGUGCUCUUCUUAUCACUAUCGUGGUUACCCAAGAGUGGCUCGGCUACAUCGGCUCCGAGCCUAAGCCGGAGAACAUUCGCUUCGCCACCAUCCCAAACUUCCUCCCCCACCACACUCAGAUAGCCGCCGACUCCCCUGCCUUCUCCCAAGCCGCCAUGACCAACAUCGAAGCUCCCUUUGACAACCUCCUUGAUCAGCUUAACCCUCCCGUCACCGCCAUCAUCGGCGACGUUGAGUUGCAGUUCCCGGUCGCCGUUGCACGCCGGAGAAAUAUUCCGGUGGCGCUGCUUUGGACUAUGUCAGCUUCCUUUUACUACAUGUUGCAUCAACUGGAAAGCUUAGCCCGUAACCGGGAUUUCAUAGUUGAUCUUCUAGAACAUAUGCCAGGAAUUUCUUCAACACAAUUAGCUGAUCUAAGAAAUGUGGUUCAUGAAAACGACUUGAAGUUUUUGCAACUUAAGUUGAAAUGUAUAUCAACUGUGCCCAAAGCAGAUUGUCUGAUAUUGAGUACAAUCCAAGAGCUAGAAACUGAAGCAAUUGAUUCCUUGAAAGUUGUGUUCCCUUUCCCAAUCUAUCCCAUUUCCUUUCCUUACUUCAAACCUGAAACUGGUCAUUUAGAAGUCAAUAAUGAUUACAACAUUGACUACUUAAAUUGGCUAGAUUCUCAGCCAGCUCUGUCAGUAUUGUACAUUUCUUUUGGCAGUUUCCUUUCUGUGUCAAGUGCACAAAUGAAUGAAAUUGUUUCAGCUUUAAACACAAGUGGUGUUGGUUACUUUUGGGUGGCUCGUGAAGAAACUUCUUGGUUAAAAGAGAAAUGUGGGGAUAAGGGUUUAGUGGUGCCUUGGUGUGACCAAUUGAAGGUUUUAUCCCAUCCUUCUGUAGGUGGGUUUUGGAGUCAUUGUGGGUGGAAUUCUACCAUGGAAUCUGUUUUUGCUGGUCUUUUUGCUGGGGUUCCUUUUCUAACCUUCCCACUUGCUAUGGACCAACCACUAAUUAGUAAGCUCAUUGUUGAGGAUUGGAAAGUUGGGUGGAGGGUGAAGAAAGAAGAUAAAUUAGACACACUGGUGGGAAGAGAUGAGAUUGUUGUGCUGCUGAGGAAAUUCAUGCAGUUAGAUAGUGAUGUUGGAAGAGAUAUGAGAAAAAGGGCCAAAGAGUUUCAACAUAUAUGUCAGCUAACAAUUGCAAAAGAUGGGUCAUCUGAAACUAAUAUCAAAGCCUUUCUGAAGAAUAUAAUACAGGGUGCUGUGCCACAAGGAUCAAACAGACCACAAGUUCAAGUUGGUAUUGAGAAUCUCAGUUGAAUUGCUCUAUAUAUGUUGGAUCUCUUAAUAAAGAAAGGGGAAAUUACUUCUUAUGUGACUGCAGAAGGGAAAACUUGUAGCAAUACAGGAUACGCGUCCGAAUCCUGUUUUUUUUUUGUUUUUUGUUUUGAUAGAAUCCGCACGUGUAUCCUAAGAUCCGCACAUGUAUCCUAGUGUUAAAAAUUUGCCGCAACUUUUCUCAUUAGCAGUCACAUGAAAAGCGACG